CUGAGAAGAGAGAGAGGAGAGAGGAAGGACCGCAGCUCGCCGGGGAGUGUCCGACUCUGGCGAAAAGAACAAAGGCACAGAUGACUGAGCGGAUUUUCGCUUUCUAAAUGGAAAAUACAAGGAGGUUCAUUUAAGUCAGUGUUCGCUAAACGGAGGGACUCCCCCCGGCCCCCCCGGCGGCUGCAGCCUCCCCCCUCUCAGCCAUGCCGCUUGUAUUCCGCACACUGUUGUUCGGCUUUGUAACGCUGCUGGUUGUGCUUUUGAUAAUUGAUGAUAUUGCAGAAGUGGAGGAAGAAACUGCAAAUAUUGGACAUUCAAAGAAGAUGAACUUGCACCAGCUCAUCCCCAAACCACACAGAAAAGCUGCAGUACAUGUAAACCCCACUGCUUUGACAACAGCAAGCGCGGACACAUAUCGUCACCGUCCAAUCUACAAUAACACUGCCAAACACUCGUCAAACAGCUGGACUUUCAAUAAGACCCUCUCCCACCUCAUCAGGAAAAACAUUCUGAGAUUCCUCGACCCGGAGAGAGACAUCUCGAUUCUGAAGGGCACGCUGAAACCGGGAGAUAUCAUCCACUAUGUUUUUGAUCGCCACAGUACCACAAACAUCUCAGAAAAUCUCUACCGUCUCUUGCCAACCGUAUCCCCCAUGAAAAACCAGCAUUACAGGCGCUGUGCCAUCGUGGGCAACUCCGGGAUCCUUCUGAACAGCAGCUGUGGGCCUGAGAUCGACUCUCAUGACUUUGUUAUCAGGUGUAACCUGGCACCGGUGGAGGAAUACUUUCAGGACGUGGGAUGGCGGACCAACUUGGUGACCAUGAACCCGUCAGUAGUGCAGCGAGCCUUCCAGGACCUGGUCACCAAUGAGUGGAAGGAGCGCUUCUUACGGCGUCUUCGAAGCCUCAGCGGCAGCGUGUUGUGGAUCCCAGCCUUCAUGGCCAAGGGGGGAGAGGAGCGCGUGGAGUGGGCACUGCGUCUCAUCCUGCUGCACACCGUAGACAUACGCACCGCCUUUCCAUCACUGCGCCUUCUCCAUGCCGUCAGAGGGUACUGGCUGACGAACAACGUCCACAUCAAACGUCCGACCACCGGCCUCCUCAUGUACACAAUGGCCACUCGCUUCUGCGAGGAGAUCCACCUUUACGGCUUUUGGCCCUUUUCGCUCGACCCGCAAGGCAAACCGGUUAAAUACCACUACUACGACACCCUCAAAUAUGAGUACACCUCCAGCUCGAGUCCUCACACCAUGCCUUUGGAGUUCAGGACCCUGAGCACGUUGCACAGACAGGGGGCGCUACGGCUCCACACUGGGGUUUGUGGCAUCCAGCAGAGACCACAGAAAGAUCUCCAGAGCAAAUAGCAGAAGGUUCUGUGGCAAGCAGACUUGACCACGAGCAGUUUUUCUCGUUGCUAGCACUUUUAUGAGACUUGAAUUAACUUAUUUUCAACAGCUGGAAUGAACAAUUUUUCUAUUUCAAGCUCAAAGAGUGACCAACUCCACCCUCAGGCCUGAGGUCUCUCCACAAGCACAUCUUUUUUUGCGUGUCUGUAUGUGUGUUGAUUAAAUAAAUUAAUGAAUAUAAUUUCAUUUUUAUAUUCUAAAUUAAAAGUAGCUGACAUCCCACAAGUGUUAAAAGUUAAUAAGGCUGGCUCUGAAAUUCAUAUUCCAACUUUGCGAUGACAAGACUCAAUUUAGGGGUGUUUUGUGAGCUGUUAAAUUACUGGUUCGCUUGUUGAGCCACAAGAUGGAAGCACUUAAUAAUCAGGAAGAAUGAUGAUAGAGGAAAAAAGGGGACCAACAUUUCUUUUUAAAACACUUUGAAGUGGAAUCUCUUAAACGCUUUCUAUGACAUAACCUUACUUUAAUGUUAGAAGGUUAAUAACAAGCAAAAACUCAAACCUCCAAUAAACCAGAGCCACCGUCUAAUAAAGUCAGGUUACCUUGAGAACCAAAUCAAGAAAGGAAGGCGUGAGCAUAAUGGAGGAGUGUACCAGCUGUUCACAUACGAAUGUUUACUCAGACUUUGCCAACGGUAAACCCACUUUGUAAACUUUCCUCAAACAGCACCAGCCCUGUUUCCUCACCGGAGGGCGAGACGGUAGCUGGAUGUUUGUACUAAGAAGAGGUUUACUUUUUGAGAUGAAUGUAUUCGUUGGCUUCCUUACAAACCUGGGAACAAGCAAGCUCCAUGAUGUGCUUUUAAAUUAACAUUAAGUCGCAAUCAGCAGCUAUUUCAGUGAAAUAUCACUGAGAGGACCCCGAGCUGGACAUCUGUAUGCCUUUAUUCAUGUGGAGCAAGGGUUCUCAAGGUUUUUAUGACCAAUGUAGGGAGAGGAGGGCUGCACACAUCACAAACACUGGAAAUGUGUGUGACGUGUCUGUUAUUUGUGUUUUUAAUUGACUUUUGGCGACACUUAAUAUGUUCAGUGUUGCAUUUCUUGACACCAGCUAUAUAUGUCAGUGGUAGAAAGGUUUAGUCUGCUAUAAUGGCUGUAACACAGAUAUGUGCUGCUACACUCACUGGCCACUUUGUUAGGCACAGCUGUUCAACUGGUUGUUAAUGCAAAUAUCUCAUCGACCAAUCAUGAGGCAGCAGUGCAUUUGGGAAUGUUGGCAAAUGUGCUCAAGAUGACCUGCUUAGGUUUGAACUGAGCAUCAAAAUAGGGAAGAAAGGGGAUUUAAGUGACUCUGAAUGUGUCAGACA